AAGCAUUUGCGAUCCAAUCUCGAACUGUGGCAUUGGAUUAUAUUGGUCGUAGAGCAAGUCCAUCUGGUGCUGGCCAAGAAAGACGAGUGGAGCAUGCCAAAUUGCUCAUGCAAAAGGAAUUCUUGCCUCAUAUUGGAACAGAGCCCGGAAGCUUAAAACGAAAGUCUUAUUAUUUAGGUUACAUGAUACACAGACUUUUACUUUGCGCUGUUGGAAGUCGACAAUUAGAUGAUCGAGAUCAUUUGGGAAAAAAAAGGCUAGAUACAGCUGGUACUCUUUUACGUAAUUUAUUUUCAAGUGUUUAUAAAAAAAUGAUUAGAGAAAUGACCGAGCACCUUAAGAAG